GAGGGGACGUGGCUAGACGCCUGUCAAUCAUUCUGAGCCAUGACAGACAGUUAGCUGAAUGGGGCUGUCAGAAGUUAGAAAUUCGGAAAGACCCCAGGAUUUUCCCCAGGCGGUUUGACACCAGUGUUCAACAGUGACACCAGGAAAUACCUUCUAGUUUUCCAUUUCCCGAACUGUUACCGGACUGGGUGUGUCACAAGCAUGAAGGGGAGGUGACAAAUAACAGAAAGUGAAACUAGCUCUUCAGUGAAUGCUGUUUAGUCAGAUUACGGACAAGAACAAGAAGUCCUCUCUCAGUUUAGAAGUCAAAAAUGGCUGAAUAUCCAUAUCCGCUGUAUUUUGAGGCCAGAUAUUUAACAGACAGAGAGAAGGAAAAGGUCAGCAGACACUUUCAGAAAAGAAGAGACUCCGGGGGAGGCGACUGUGGUGGGGUUGAAAAGGUGGGAGACAACAUCUAUAAAGUCUGCUUCAAGGAACAAGAAGUCCAGGAAAGGGUUUUACAGAGGAAAACUCAUACUAUUAGUCUUCCUGGGGGAGAUGUACACCUGACCGUGACUCGGAGCAGUUCACCACAGACCCAGGAUCAGCCAUCGACAAGCCAAUCACAAACGACUACUAAACUCAGCACAAAAGGCUUUGAGAAGACUUUCAGGACAGACAUCUUUCUCUUGUUCUACAUGAGAGACAACCCUAAAGCUUACAAAAUACUGCAGAAGCAGUUCUCUGCAAUCGGCUGCACGAUACAGCUAGAUUUUGAGGAAGAAGAGGCAGUGGUGAGGGGGAACAUAGAGAAAGGGCCUGGAGGAGCUUUUGAUGGCACAGCAGAAAACUGGGAGCUACAAGUGGACCGGACCUUCAUCAAUGUCAUUGAGGCCUACACCUGCCAUCAUGUCCUUGAGCCCAAACGAGUCAAGAAGGUUCUACAGGAUCCCUUCUUUGUGUCUGAUGAUGUGAGAGUGUACUCAGAGAGUGGCUAUGCUGUGGUUGUAGGGGAGACAUGUGUAGUGAAGGACAAGAUUGCGGUUCUGGAGAAAAGCAUACCAAUUCGCAAAGAGCAGCCGGUUGUGGAGAAACGGUUCAAGAUGAUUGAGGAGGAGUUCAACCGAGAGAUGAGUGCAAGUUGUCCAGAGGUGAAAAUCAGCAGGGCCUCUAACAUCAUCAUCUUAGAAGGUCCUGAAGAUAAGGUGCAGCUUGGUGAAGCCAAACUUAACGAACUGAUUAAGAAAAUACAAGAAAAGAGGGUUAAUCUUUCCAAUGAUUUAUUAACCUUCAUGGCGACUAGCAGCGUCAUCUACAAGUACCAAACACGGUUUGAGCAAAGUCUCAGAAGCCCAGUGUCCCUGGAGGUGGGAUCCGAACUGGUUCUGUCCAGUUUGUCUUCGGAUGCUCUGAGGGAAGCAGAGAUGGCGGUGCUGAGAGAUCUGAAUGAGUCCAGUGUGACUCUUCAGGGUGCUGCAGCUGUGGCUCCAGAUCUAGACACACUCAAGGAAAUCCUCAACAGAGCCAAGAGCGAGGAAAACCGUGGCGAGCUCAGAGUGAACUUUAGCUUCCUUCCUGGAUCCAGUGGCACUUCAUCAUCCAGAGUGAAGCUGGUGGGCUACACUGAACACGUGAACAAGCUUAAAGAGCUUAUUUAUUCCUUCCAGGCAAAUCAGGUUUCAACUCAAGAGGUUAUCAGUCUGCAGUAUCCUGAACUUGUUGACUGCUUUGAUAAAAUCUUAGGAAUACUUGGCAUGAAGCAGACCGAUGUGACACUCAAAGCCUCCUCUUUUCCAAAUCCUUGUGUUCUUUUGUCUGGUCCUCGUUCGCGGGUUCAGGAGACCAAACAAGCCCUCGGGUCAACUCUGGCCAGCAUGACGAUGGACAAACUGGUUCUGGAUGGUCCUGGGGCGCUGCAGUACUUCCAAGGAGCUGGUAAAGUCAGCAAGGAGCUGGUUGAAACUUCCUGUCAGGUGAUUAUUAGGGAACAACAAGUUGUUAGCUCACCAACUGUGGCAAACAAACAGCGAAGCCUCAGCAGCAUCACACCAAGACCGUCAACUCCCAGGACUCGCUUCAGCACUGUUGGAAACAGUCCAGUCAAAAUCAACCUAGAAAUCAAGAUUGGCAGCUUAGAGAAAGAGCAGGUGAAUGUUUUGGUCGUCCCCACACACGGCAGGCAGCUGUCUUCAACAAAUAUUGGCAAAUCAUUGCUUGUGAAAGGCGGAGAUGUGGUCCAGUCAAAGUUCAACUUAUCGGCUGCAAAUUCUUCCCUCAUUCCUGGUGAUGUUCUGGAGGUCAGUGCCAGCACUUCUCUAGGUUGCUCCAAGAUAUUCUGCAUAGAGUGCCUGGCCUGGGAUGGAGUUGGAGGAAAAGGAGUGCAGGCUCUUUCUAGGGGGCUAAGAAGAUGUUUGGACCUCUGUGCAGAGAAGGGCUUCAGUUCAGUGGCCAUUCCUGUUAUCGGGCCUGGACUUCUCCUAAAAUACCCCUUGAGUGAAGCCGUUCAAAUUCUGAAGGAAAGCAUUCGCCAAUUUGCAUUGUCUGACCAAUGUGGAAAUCUCACCACCAUCCACAUCGUCAUUAAACCGGGCUAUCCAGACUCUGAGGAGAGCUACCAUGAAGUAUACAAACAUCUCAGCUCAAUCAUGAACCAGAGAGGCAAAGCACUCUUCGGAUCCCUCACCAGUGACCUCGAUGACAUCAACCUCACUGUAGGAGGCGGGGUCAAACUGCAGUUGGUGUUCGGCGACAUCACUAACGAGACUACAGACGUUGUGGUGAACACUACCGACUUUGUCAACUUCUACAAUGAGGGAGUUUGCAAAGACAUUUUAACCGUAGCUGGAUCAGUGGUGGAGGCUCAGCUGAAAACGGCGAAAGUGAGCCGGGGAAACGUUUUUGUGACACCCCCUGGACUGUUCCCCUGUAAAGCCAUCUUACAUGUAUGUGGAGAGAAAGAUGCAAGCCUUGUUGAAACUCUUGUUCCCAGCAUCAUUGACUACUGUGAAAGCCUGGGAUUUAGCUCCGUAGCGAUUCCUGCCAUCUGUGCAGGAGCCGGUGGGCUGGACCCUGCAGUUGUUGCAGGUGCAAUCCUGAGAGGAAUCCAAACGGCCACAUCAUCCGGUCCUUUUUACAGCCUCACCUCCAUCCGCCUUGUCCUGAUUAAAAUCAACGUCUUCUUAGCUUUUAAAGAAGAAGCAACACAGAUGUUCCCCACUUCUGGAAGAAAAUCACCACCAUUUCAGGUGCCUCAGGUACAACAACAGGCACCUUUACCUCUGGUUGCUGACCUCAGCAUAUAUGAUACCAUUCCUGUGAGUGAGCCAUCGACAUUCCUGUUCCUGGGUCUUACCAGAAAGGAUGUUAAUGAUGCCAUGGAAAAAAUGAAGAAUCUUUAUAAGAAUCAGUGUACUGAACACACCUUCCCCAAAGAGCAGCUAGACAGUCUCAACGCAGACGACAUGUUAGAUCUUCAGCAGCUGGUGAGGAUGGAGGGUCUGUACAUGAAGAAGGAUCCGUCUGGAAACCUGAUGGUGAACGGUAUGAAAGACGGGGUCAACAGGGCAAUUGUGAAGUUCAAUUCAAACCUGCACGGCACCCUGACGAGAGAGGUGAGAGGGAGGGAUGAGGAUGAUUUGUACAAACGUGUGAUGUGGUGCAUCCUGGGAAAAAAUGGAAACUGGGACAGAGUCCCCAAAACAGCCAAUUACAACCUGGAAAGGAGGGAUGUUACAGGAGGAAUUGUGGAUGCACACGGAGUCUUGUGGCAAGUGGAUCUACAAAACUUAAUGGUCUCAGCUAAAGGCUACAAAACAAACCUCAAACGACUUGAGAAUCUGGAAGACUUCACGUUCCCUUUGGAAUGGGACAACAUGACGCACGGUGAGGUAUUGAAGAGGGUAACGCUGGAGUCUUCUUCACCAGAGUACAGGAGAGUGAAGCAGGGAUUCAAAGUAACUGCUAACCAAACUGUAAUGAAGAUUGAGCGAGUGCAGAGCAUUCAUCUACGACGUGCUUAUGAGGCACAGAAGAAAAAAAUAUUUGAAAAGAACAAACAGGAGGGAGGGGCAAAUGAAAAGUUUCUAUACCAUGGGACAACGGAGAACAACUGUGACUCCAUCAUGAAAACUGGCUUCAACAGGCGCUUCUGUGGGCAAAACGCAACAAGCUUUGGUGAGGGAACCUACUUUGCUGUAAAUGCCAGCUACUCCACCCAUCCCGCCUACUCCAGACCUGCUGCUGAUGGCUCUCAGCUGAUGUUUGUGGUUAGAGUCCUGACGGGCGUCUACACUCUGGGCCAAACCGGCAUGAAGGUUCCUCCACCUCGUGAUAACCAGCAGCCUCAUAUACUAUACGACAGCGUGGUGGAUAGAAUGAACAGACCCAACAUGUUUGUCGUGUUCCACGAUGACCAAGCUUAUCCAGACUACCUCAUCACCUUCAAGCAAUGACCCUGAAAACAUCUCAUGAAUUAACGGUUUCUGGGUAAUAUUAGGUUAAAAAAAACAUUUCCUGGAUUACUAGAAAACCUCAAAUCUGUUGAUCCUUUAACUAAAUGUUAUUGUAACCUUGAUUAUUAUUUUAUCAGAUUUUUGAGAGUGCUAUAAUGAUUUUCCUUUGAUUUCUUAGAUGAACCUGUUAAAAGGAUCUUUUGAAACUUGUCUGCCUGUCAGAUAGACACAAUUUAUUGAAACCUUUUUGACCGAAUCUGUAAAAAAUUGCAAAUAAAACAAUCUUAAAUACAUCUUGAAUAAAUCUUAAACAGCUUCAACAGGGUUAUUCCCAAGAGAGCUGAAAACCUGACAUAAAACACAUGGUCAAUAAAGAAAGACCUUGUGUCUGAUCUUUGCUACACAUUUCACCAUUUCUUAAACAUAUGACAUCCAGAUAUUGCAAAUCUAUUUUCAGUAGUUUAGAUACCUCAGAGAAAACGAGAAAUAAAUACGAGUGAUUUAGCGAUUUUGCAUAGUACUGUAAAUAUAAAUGAGCAAACACAAAAUAAAAACA